GGAAGCCUGCUAGUGUAGGAAUUUCCGGCUACGUCAGGGCGUCAGGACUCCAUUAGAGUUGCAGCUGUUUUGAGAGAAACAUCAACAAAAACGAGCUGACAUUAGGCUCUGAGUCUGGCAACAAGGCCUUCAAUCUGGAAGCGUAACCUACAUUUCCCACCCGGAGCUUCGCCGGUUUCUAACCACGGCCGCUCUCGGUGAGGAAACUCUGGCCUCCGCUUCCUCCUCCUCCGACUCGGACACCGGCGGAGCGUCGCCGCCCCCGCGGAAGAAACACCGAGCCUCGGCGGCGGAGGGAGCAGGAGAGCCCGGGGCUUCAGCCGUUGUAACAGGCCUCUCUGGAGUUGUCCUAGGACUUGCCGCACACUCUCAAACCACCUCUACCAUCCACUUUAAUCGAAGUGUUGUUAACAACUUUAGCAACAGCAUGCAGUCAAACGGGGCAGGACAGGGACAAGAAUCCUCUGAGCUUCCCUGCCUGAACAGCGCACAAAACGGGGAGUCAUCAUCCUCGGCCGGUGGAACCCACUCAAACGGGCUUCUGUCCAACGCGGACAACGGUAACGGUGUCGGUACCAGUAACGGGUCUUCGGUUGGACCUUGUUCGGGGACUUCGGCUACCUCCACGGCCUCAGGUUCGGAGGUGGGCUCGUUGAAAAAGAAGAAACGGCUGUCGCAGACGGAGGAAGAUGUCAUACGAUUAAUAGGACAACAUCUCCACGGACUAGGGCUGAAUCAGACGGUGGACCUGCUGAUGCAGGAAUCAGGCUGCAGACUGGAGCACCCUUCAGCGUCCAAAUUCCGCAACCACGUCAUGGAGGGGGAGUGGGACAAGGCUGAGAAUGAUCUCAACGAGCUGAGAGCACUGAUGCAUUCUCCCAACGCCAUUGUGCGUAUGAAGUUCCUGCUGCUGCAACAGAAGUACCUAGAGUAUCUGGAGGACGGCAAGGUCCUGGAGGCUCUGCAGGUCCUCCGAGGAGAACUGACACCGCUCAAAUACAACACGGAUCGGAUCCACGUCCUCAGCGGGUACCUAAUGUGUAGCCAUGCCGACGACCUCCGAGCCAAGGCAGAGUGGGAGGGCAAGGGCACAGCCUCUCGCUCCAGGCUCCUGGAUAAAUUACAGACGUACCUGCCCCCAUCCGUGAUGCUGCCUCCUCGGCGACUACACACUUUGCUGCGGCAAGCGGUGGAACUACAGAGGGAUCGCUGUCUUUAUCACAACACCAAGCUGGACAACAACCUGGAUUCAGUCUCCCUUCUCCUCGAUCAUGUCUGCAGCAGGAAACAGUUUCCCUGUUACACCCAGCAGAUUCUGACAGAGCAUUGUAAUGAAGUGUGGUUCUGCAAAUUCUCAAAUGAUGGCACCAAACUAGCAACUGGCUCCAAAGACACGACUGUCAUCAUCUGGCAAGUGGACCCGGAGAGCCACCAACUGAAGCUGCUGCGAACCCUGGAGGGCCACGCAUACGGCGUCUCCUACUUAGCCUGGAGUCCUGACGACACCUACCUGAUCGCCUGUGGACCUGACGAUUGCUCUGAGCUCUGGCUCUGGAAUGUUCAGACGGGGGAGCUGCGGACCAAGAUGUCCCAGUCCCACGAAGACAGUCUUACCAGUGUGGCCUGGAAUCCUGAUGGCAAACGCUUUGUCACCGGUGGACAAAGGGGGCAGUUUUAUCAGUGUGACCUGGACGGAAACUUGUUGGACUCGUGGGAGGGGGUGAGAGUUCAGUGCCUGUGGUGCCUGAGCGAUGGGAAGACUGUGCUGGCCUCGGACACCCAUCAGCGUAUCAGAGGGUACAACUUUGAGGACCUCACAGACAGAAACAUAGUUCAAGAGGACCACCCUAUCAUGUCUUUUACCGUUUCAAAGAACGGUAGAUUAGCUUUGUUAAAUGUAGCAACUCAGGGAGUGCACCUGUGGGAUCUUCAAGAUCGGGUGCUUGUGAGGAAGUACCAAGGUGUGACCCAGGGCUUCUACACCAUCCACUCCUGCUUUGGAGGACACAAUGAAGACUUCAUCGCCAGUGGCAGUGAAGACCAUAAAGUGUACAUCUGGCAUAGGCGUGGCGAACUUCCUAUUGCCGAGCUCACAGGCCAUACACGCACCGUUAACUGUGUGAGCUGGAACCCAGCCAUCCCGGGUCUCAUGGCGUCCGCCUCGGAUGACGGCACAGUGCGCAUCUGGGGUCCCGCACCAUUUCUCGAUUCGCAAGAGGCAGACGGACUCAACGAAAACAGCAGUAAUAUGGACAGUUGAUGGUGACCUUCAGAGCAGAUGACGUCUCAAUUUGACAACCACCCAAGAAUCCUACAAUAUAA